GUUGUUGUUCUUCAUCUCCUCCUCAUCUCUCUUUACUUUUCUUUUUUAAUCAUAUCUCUCAUUUCUUGAAUCUUUCUUGAUCUAUCAAGAUCAAUCUUUAGGUCUUCUUGGAUCAAAAAUCUUAAGCUAUCCUUUGUCUUUUAGGGUUUUCUUGUUUGUUGUUGUGACAUGGCGAGAGAAAAGAUUCAGAUCAGGAAGAUCGAUAACGCGACGGCGAGACAAGUGACGUUCUCGAAACGAAGAAGAGGUCUUUUCAAGAAAGCUGAAGAGCUCUCUGUUCUCUGCGACGCCGAUGUUGCUCUCAUCAUCUUCUCUUCCACCGGAAAACUCUUCGAGUUCUGUAGCUCCAGCAUGAAGGAAGUAUUAGAGAGGCAUAACUUGCAGUCAAAGAACUUGGAGAAGCUUGAUCAGCCAUCUCUUGAGUUACAGCUGGUUGAGAACAGUGAUCACGCCCGAAUGAGUAAAGAAAUUGCCGACAAGAGCCACAGACUAAGGCAAAUGAGAGGAGAGGAGCUUCAUGGACUUAACAUUGAAGAGCUGCAACAGCUAGAGAAAGCCCUCGAAGCUGGUUUGACCCGCGUGAUUGAAACAAAGAGUGACAAGAUUAUGAAUGAGAUUAGCGAACUUCAAAGAAAGGGAAUGCAAUUGAUGGAUGAGAACAAGCGGUUGAGGCAGCAAGUAAUGGGAACCCAACUAACGGAAGAGAACGAGCGACUUGGCAUGCAAAUAUAUAAUAACGUGCAUGAAUCCGGUGUUGAUGAAUCGGAGAACGUCGCCGUGUACGAGGAAGGACACUCGUCAGAGUCUAUUACUAACGCCGGAAACUCCAACGGAGCUCCUGUUGACUCCGAGAGCUCCGACACUUCCCUUAGGCUCGGCUUACCGUAUGGUGGUUAGAGAUGGAAACAAAUACAAAGAAGCUAAAAUGAUGGAACGAGGAGAGGAGAGAGUGAUGUAAAUCUUUUUUAACUCGGUAAUAACAAGAGACAAUGUCUACAUAGUAGUAAUCAAAUUCUCUCAUAUGAACUUUGUUGUAAGUUUCUGUAUGUGGAAAAGGUUUCCCUUUUUGUGAUUUUCACUAUGUAUUCUUCUUGUCUCUCU